GGAUACGUAGUUGAAUAUGAGUGAAAAGCGCAGCCGCUGCAUGGACAGUGGAGAGAGGUGAAAAGCUGUCUGUCGGUGAAACGUGGCGUCUGGUGGUCCAUUACAGAGACGAGCUUGAAGUCCAAACAUCUCACUAGGUGCAGAACUUGGUCAACACACGACAUCAUGACUGACAGAAAGGCCGUGAUCAAGAACGCUGACAUGACCGAGGACAUGCAGCAGGAUGCUGUGGAUUGUGCCACACAGGCCAUGGAGAAGUACAACAUCGAGAAAGACAUUGCUGCCUACAUCAAGAAGGAGUUUGACAAGAAGUACAACCCCACGUGGCACUGCAUCGUGGGACGGAACUUCGGCAGCUACGUGACGCACGAAACGAAACACUUCAUCUACUUCUAUCUCGGUCAGGUGGCCAUCCUGCUCUUCAAGUCAGGCUGAGAAAGGCUUUCCACUUUCCAUCGCACAACUUCUGAGCUCAAGCUCUGAACCUGGACUGUGAUGCACUGAUGACUGAUGCCACAACACACACACACAAACAUGCACGCACACGCACACACAAACACACACACACAUACAAACACAACCAUACUCACCCUGAGAAAAUUGCUAUGGAGUCCGUCCAUAAGUGCAUGGACCGUGUACAAUAUUUAAUUUGUAUAUGUUGCUUUUCUGUAGUUGCUCUUGAGUUAAAGCAACUUUUUUUGCCGAGUAUUUUUGCAAAGUUGAAUUUUGUUUUUGCACUAAAGUUGUAUAAACUGCUUUGACUGCUGCCUUUAAGUAAUAUUAAAGAAUAAAUACAUCAUACAUCGA